GGUCCCCAACAUUGAAAUUUGUCGACCCAGAUGCCCGUGCCCAGAUCCAGCCACUACCCACUCCCCUCGCCAAGUCAAGCAGGGGCGCCGCGCCUGCCAUGGCAGCAGGCAGGGGCGACGCGGCGAGCAUGGUGGCGGUGGGCCUGGUGUGGGGCGCGACCAACGCGCUCAUGCGCCGGGGAGCGCUCGUCUGGGACCGCCGCGCCCGCGCCUCCCCAUCCAGCAGCGUCCUCCGGCGGUGGGCAGCCCUCCUCCUGACGUGGCAGUACUCGGCGCCGUUUGCCGCCAACCUGUGCGCAUCCGCGGCCUUCUUCGCGCUCCUCGGCGCUGCUCCCAUCUCGGUCGCCGUGCCCGUCACCAACGCCGUCACCUUCGCCGCCACGGCCGUCACCGCUGCGAUUCUUGGCGAGCGCGUGCGCCCCGCGCCGGCCGCGCUCGGCACCGCGCUUAUCGUCCUCGGCGUCUGGGUCUGCAUCUCCUAGUUCUUGCGGAUCUGCUCCACGUUUCAAGGUGAAAAUUCCCAGCCAAUAGUGUUCUGUGAGGUGACAUUAGAAGGAUGUAUUGAAUUGGCCUGUUUCCUCUGCAACAUCAGGCAAAAUUCUUUGAUUUUUCUCUUUCCCCCUGUAUUUUGGCAUUAAUGUAUUCUGCAGAGUUUGUUAGUUGGAGCGGCAUCACUUCAUUAGGUAGGUAGACGAUCUGAAUCCAACACAUGCAAUUUCAUUACCGAAUCCAAUUGUAUAUUUUUUUAUCUGAAUCUAAUAUUGCACCUCCAUAGUUGAAAACACCAUACCUUUAUUUACUCAUAGGUUCCCAUUCUUCUUCAGAUGAUCAAUUGUGAAUGCGGUGCAGCUUGUUAACCUGCCUUAUGCUUGUACCUGAUGCUUGCCCUGUACGAACAAAAUUUUCAAGGUGUUGGGGGGCAUGGAUCACCAGAAGCUUUAAGAAUGUUUGAGAAAAAGUGCAUCAGACAAUGAACUCGGUAACAAUGUCCACGCUCCUCAGAUACAGGAAACCUCAUAUAUUCGACUAGAUUUUUGUGCUUACCAGGUUUGUCCCUAGAAUUCAAAGUGUUGGUAGGUAGGAGUGUAGGACCUUACGGAAGAGCUUAAGGAGGCCAUACACAGCACACGGACUCGUCAUGCUUGCUAAUACUUGUCUAUUUUUUUAACCAACCAACCACAGAAGAGGCGAAACUGAAUAGCUGACACUAACCAAUCCCUUCUACAGCACCAUGAUGACACUCCUAGUGCCGUGACAAGAACCUUGAGCGCGUGCCAUGAUUUAUUAUUUCUUGAUAAUUGACUUGUAGCACAUGUGCUGUCAUCUAAUUUCAAGUGCAACUUCAAGAAUAGAUGCAGGUACGAAUAUGAUAGAUGUGCUCAGAUUUUGAAUCUUCUUGAAUUAAAUGUGGUUCCAGUGCAUUCAAGGAGUGGUUUCGUAUAGAAACACUAUUUCCAACUACGUGGUGUGCAUAGUUGUCUUUUUGGUUGUUUGAAUGGGCAUAAUUUGGUUAGGAUUUUGAUUUAUGCGCUCCUUGUUGAUUUAUGCCAUGAUGAAUUGAUGUUAAACUUCAGUUGUAGUAUAUGUGAAUUCAGAAAGGAAUAUUCUUUCCAGGCAGGCAUGGGCACAAAGAUAAGAGUAGUCUUUGAAAUUCUGAGGUUCUUGAACCAAAUGGUUAGAACAGCUUUGGUGUUAAUUCUACAUUUCUAGAUUGGUUUUGUAUAGAAAUAAGAGUAGCAGAUUUCCUUUACAUGCUUAUCUUUUGUUGUUGUCUCCUUGUUGAUAUGAGGAUCCAUGUUCAAGUUUGGUUGCCUUUUCUUUUGUUUUGUGGCCACCUUGUUGAUCUGAAGGUUCAUGUUCAAGGUAUAUGCAAAGUGGAAAAUCCAUGUUAUGCAGAUCUGCUGGCCUUCUAUUUGACCAAUUGAUCAUUGAAAAGUAAAUUUUGUGUUGAGGAAGUUAUGUAUCUUGUGUCACUUACCACGACCAUUUGUGAGGGCCUCUGGUGAAUGCAAAGAACAUGUUGGAAUACGAAAAUGCAGCAAGCUAAGACAGUAGAUUUUUUUUAUAUGCGCAACCAAAUGUAUUUCAUUUUACUGCAUGAUUAUUAUUGAUGCCCAUGUAAAAGAAGUGUUGUAAAAUGGUGCUCUAAAAAGGAAAAUACUUUUUUUUUACCUAAAUAACAUGCUAUUUGGGAGUGGUUCUGAGAUU